GAAAGAAAGCAAGCGCAUAUGCGGAAUCUCUGCUGGUUUCCAUCGCAUAGGGGCCGCUUCUCCCACACAGCUCCCUUCACUCCCCAAAAAUCUCCCCCCUUCUCAACCUAGGGUUUAGACAAACACACGUGUGGUUGUGACCUAGGGUUUCCUAACAAGUGCAGUGCAUGUUCUCUCAAUGCCUGGAAAUCCACUAACUUCAUCGUCGGCUGUAAACCCUAAAAAGCUCGAAACUGCUGAUUUCGGGACCUCUGAAACUGCUGAUUUUGGGACCUCUUCGGGUGCAAUCCUUCUGAUUUUUCGUUGCUUAAUGAGCGCACGACCCUAAUUUGACUCGGACUCCUGCGAUUUCUCGUGUUCGAAUGGCGCCUAGUCGCAGGAAAGGCGGAGGCAGAGCUUCCGCGGCGGCCGCCACAGCCGCCGCUUGCAAGAAGUGGAAAGUCGGCGAUCUCGUCCUAGCCAAGGUCAAGGGUUUCCCAGCUUGGCCCGCAACGGUAAGUGCGCCGGAGAAGUGGGGAUACACUGCUGGUUGGAAGAAGGUUCUUGUGCACUUCUUUGGAACCCAGCAAAUAGCCUUCUGCAACCCUGCCGAUGUUGAAGAAUUUACUGAAGAGAAAAAAGACACUCUUCUUCUUAGACGCCAUGGGAAAGGUGCUGAUUAUGUCCGUGCUGUUCAUGAGAUUAUUGAAAGCUAUGAAGAGUUGAAGAAACAGGAGCAACUUGUUGAUAUUAACUACGUUGAUGAAGCUAGUGUAACAAAUGCAUUGGACUUAGAUGGUGAUGUUGCAUUAAAUGAUCAGAUUGAGGCUCCUUCCAUAAUGCUUAGUUCAUGUGUAAAGAAGUCUAAUUCUACUGGAGAAAAGGAGGAGUCAAGCCUUCCUGUUGGAGAUGCUGCAUAUGCGACAGAGGCAGAUUUAGGAGAUAGGGAUACAUCGUCUGAGGAGCCUAAUGAUAGUUCAGUAGUUACAAGAAAACCUCGGGCAAAUAUAUUUUCGUCAGAAAAAAGUCGAGGAGAUGUACAGCCACAAAACUCUUCGUCAGAGAAGAGGGAUUCAUCUGCUUCUAGGUCUAGAAGUUCAUCAAGAGUCUACACAAGUAGAUUCCAAAAGAAGUCCAUGUUACCCUCCAGUAAUAGCAAUAAAUUGGCGGAGGACAUAGCUGCUAAAGUUUUGCAGAAUGGUUUGGUGAGAAGGAGCAAAAGAAUCAGGAAAUCACCCGAUGUGUCUGAAGGACAUGAUACUGGUUCACCUGCUCUUCUUCCGAAUGGUGGCAACGAAGAAAAUGGUUCUGAAAUUGUCACGGUUGAAUCGGAUACUUUCAGCCUAACUGAAGGCAGCGCUGUGGAGUCUGGUUGUAAGCCUCUGCAGCCCGAGUCCGUUGUUGAGUGUGGUGAGAGAGAUGUUGAGUUGAGCCUAGCGCUUGAUUUCCAAAUAAAGGCCGUUGUCCUGAAAAAGAAAAGGAAACCAAAUCGAAAACGAGUGACUAACGAUGCUCCUGAGAGUAUUGAUAGGCUAAACAAGAAGGCAGGUGCUGAGAUUGAAGUGCAUAAAGCUGGACAAGUUUCGCGAACUUCCAAUGAAAAGUCCUUGGAAAGGUUCUCCAAAGAAGAUGGCGACGAGCAUCUUCCAUUAGUAAAAAGGGCUAGGGUUCGGAUGGGCAGACCAUCUUCUGUAGGGGAGGAGCUUGAUACCGUCAUGCAAUCGGAAGAUAAAUUAAUAGAAGUGUCAAAUAGCUUUUCUAGGCAGGUUUCUACACAAUCUCAACAACAUGGUCCUGAUAAAAACUUGUUUUUGGUGAACGGAGUUACGGAGAUUCCAUCGCUGCCAAAUAAAGGACCUCAAUCUUCAGCUCAACCGCCUCAGCUUUCGGAUCUCAAGAAAAAACAACAAUUUUGUUGUUCAGUGGAUGGAGAAGCUGCUUUACCUCCGUCUAAACGCCUUCAUCGAGCCCUGGAAGCUAUGUCAGCUAAUGCUGCAGAAGAUGGUCAAAUGGAAGAACCAUUGUCGAAGAAGAUAUUGACUAAUGGAUGUUGUUUAUCGUCCCCAACGGACUCCCUUCACACGUCGAUGGAGAGCGGACUGAGUAAUGGAUUUGGGGUACAGAAUGUAAGCAUUCUUAGCAACAAUGCUUCACUCGGCACCUGUGGGAUUUCGGACAUUUGUGAUCCUGCUGAACCAAAGGAAAUUGUGAAAUCUUCUACAGAAGUUUCGAUCUGUCACAGACCAGUCAGAAGUUCCAGUAGCCCAGAGCAUGAAUUAUGCAAAGAUAUACAUGUGGAUGCUGGGGACCAUUUUGAUUCCAGAGGUAUCAAAUUUUCAUGUUCAGGUACUCAAAAUUGUGAGCCGAUGGUUGUGGCCCAAAUUCCAAAGCCUUUAUCACCUGAUUCUAUUGAAGAACAGACCUGUCUCGGAUGCAAUCAAGGUUCACUGGCUCAGAUGUUGCCUCUGAAGGACGAAUGCAGAAAUGAGAAUCCCGGGUCUGAGUUUAGCAACGAUAAAGCUGAAAAACCUCUGAGUGAACUUGAUUCAUCAGAUCAUUCUGGAAUGUGUUCAGAUUCUGUCUUAAUGGCUGUUGAUCGUAAAUGUUCACCACAAAAUGGUACUAAUUUGCUUCUUUGCAGCACAGAGGGUAGUUAUUCUGGGAGUGCCAAGUUGUGGAAACUUUCCCUUCAUGCAGACGACCAAGUUGAUGGCAUGUGCGAGGUUGUGAAAGAAAUUAAACCAACACAGAGGGAGUCUAAUGGUAUUCUAACGUCUACAUCAGUGAAGGUUAUGGCUGGAGCUGCUGCGGAUGGUCCGCCAAAUUUAUCUCAUUCUAAUUCUGUUUCUGAUGACCAUUUGGGUUAUAAGGAUGUCUCAUCUUCAACUCCUUCAGAUGGUGUAGGCUCUCUUGCACGCGCGUCUCCUCCCAAUACAUCGAUCUGCAAUACUUCAACAUCUGAUAAUGAUAACAUUCUUGAAAAUAAUGGCUGUUGUAGUCCCGAUGUUAAUUUGCACCCUGCGAAAUCCAAAAAUACGGGCAAAUGGAGCAGUAAAGCAGAAGCAGCUACUGCUCUAGCAUCUUUUCAGGCCGUCAUUGGAACAUUAACAAGGACAAAGGAAAGCAUUGGCCGAGCCACUCGCAUUGCAAUUGACUGUGCAAAGUUUGGUGUUGCUGCUAAGGUGGUCGAAAUUCUUGUCCGUGAUUUGCAAAGUGAAUUAAGUUUGCGCAGAAGGGUUGACUUGUUUUUCCUUGUGGACUCUAUCACACAGUGCUCUCGAGGUUUGAAAGGUGGCGUUGGUGGUAUUUAUCCUUCAGCAAUCCAAGCAGUGUUGCCACGCUUGUUAUUAGCUGCUGCUCCUCCUGGAAGUGAUGCACAAGAAAAUCGUAGGCAGUGUUUGAAGGUUUUGAAGCUUUGGUUGGAAAGAAGGAUCCUUCCAGAUUCCAUUGUUCGCCACCAUAUUCGAGACCUUGAGUCCCUCAGUGUUUCAUCUUCUUCUGGUCCCUAUUCUCGUCGGCCCUUGCGCACAGAAAGGGCUUUUGAUGAUCCUAUUAGGCAAAUGGAGGGUAUGCUUGUUGAUGAAUAUGGAAGCAAUUCAAGUUUUCAGCUUCCUGGUUUUCAUAUGCCCCCUAUGCUCAAGGAUGAAGGGGAAGAAAGCGAUUCUGAUGGUGGGAGUUUCGAGGCUGUUACUCCUGAGCACGAUUCCAAAACCCCUGAAGAAACGGAAGGAAUUCCAGUACCUGCAGCAAUAGGGAACCAUAGACAUAUUUUGGAAGAGGUUGAUGGCGAGCUUGAAAUGGAGGAUGUGGCUCCCACUUGUGAAGCUGUUACGAGUUCCACCUCAACUUCUUGCAUCAAUACUUCAAAGUCUAUGCACCCUCAGCUUGAACAACAUUUUCCACCUACCUUCACCCCACCAGUACCUGAGAAUGUGCCGCCAUCGUUUCCUCCUUUGCCAACAUCACCACCACCUGCAGCUCCACCCCCGCCACCAGCCCUUCCACCCCCACCGCCAGCCCUUCCACCCCCACCGCCAGUCCUUCCACCCCCACCACCAGUCCUGCCGCCUAUGCCUCCAAUGCCUGCUUCUGUAUCCGAUAGUCUUGAUUCAAAGCUCUAUAAUGUCAGAGAAAACUUGCAUCAGUUUGGGGCCCAGCAGCCUGUUGCACCUGGAGUAAACUCAAUAAACUCCGAUGCAGUGCUUUAUCAGGCUCCUGAAUCCAGAGACGUUAAGAUGCAAACACAGAUACCAGAUUUCAGCAGUAAUCCUGGGCCGCAUCAGCCAGUUUUACCUAUGAAUGGUGUCCAACAGUCGGAUGGUGCCACCUUCUACAACAAGGGUUAUCAUCUGCCACCACCUCAACCUGCACCAUCAAAUCAGUUCUCUUACGUUCAGUCUGAUCAGCAAGUGCAGUCAAGGGAGCUCCCACCCCCUCCCCCUUCCUAUCCUAACAGAGCCCAUUUUGCGCAGAGCACAGAUGGUGGAAGUUUUUGCACCGACCACGACAGAAUGAACGUGGCCCCACAUGAGCACAGGGAGAGCUGGAGGUUUCCGGGGCCCUCAUUUUCUGGUACGCACUACCCUGAACCUGCCAGAGGGCCAUAUCCUCCUGCGCCGUAUGGUGGCCCACCGUGUGAACCACCAUUACCAAACCAUAUGUGGGGUUUUCCUCCCCAGACUGUGAACCAUAGAGAAUUCACGGCUCAUAGACCACCAUCCAGAGGUCCAAUCCCAGUGGCAACCAGAGCUCCUAGCUUUUGGCAACCAAGAUAAACCGUCACUGUGGUGCUAACAAUGCUGGUAUAACCCGUUUUUGAUCUCGGUACUGCGGCUUGUUGAAAUGUUUGAGAUAAUAUUCUGGUCCAGCUGUUUCUAGAAUUCGGAGGCUCAAUCUUCAGAAAGUUACGCAGCAGUAAACAAAGAAAUGUUUGGUACGUGGUUGUAUAUAUGUUCUUCUAUCCUCUCUUCUGCUAAUGCGCAUGGUUUAGACAGGCCAUUGGUGAAUGGAGAGAGCUGUAACCUAUGUCUAGGCUGUUGACUUAUGUAUGGAUUAUAUCUUCUUCUUUUUUUUUGGAAGUUUGAGAGAAUAAGUCUAAUUUAUGUUUUGAAGCCCUCUAUAGGAUGUUAAUAUCAUUUUUGGGGAAUUUGCUAGGAGUUCUUUUCUAACAACCGUCUUUUUUUAAGAGUUGUCUUAUAUCUUGUAAGAAUUUGUCUGUCUUAUUUUAUUUGUACAUUUCAAGGAGUAUUCAGCAUGAGCCGUUGGUUCAGAGUUAUUGAAACUGAAUGAAAAUUCACAAUUGAGAA